AUGCCAAUCAUCAACGGCCAGAAGAUGGCUUGCGAGCCAUGCAUUCGGGGCCAUCGUUCCACCAAAUGUACCCACGCCAAUGAACGGUUGAUGAUCCCCGUCCGGAAACCCGGAAGACCGCUCAGUUCAUGCCCGCAUCCGCCGUCCCGCGGCUGUGGAUGUGGCAGCGUCACAGCCGCCAUCCCCAGGAAGCAAAAAUGCAACUGUGGAUCCAACGGCGCCGUUUCCAGCAGCAACAACGGUUCGAACUCCAACGGCCCAGGCGUCAUUAAAGUCGAGUCGCCCGCUGGCGAGGCGCUGCCCGCCUCGCCAGCCACCAUGAAGCCUAUGACAACUAGCUCCACGUAUCGCGUCUCGAAACCGAAUGCCAAAGCCAACGGCCGCAAGCAGUCUUUUAGUGCCGCCAAUUUCGAGCGUAUGGACCCAAGCCAAACAAACAUCUUGCCCGCCUACGACAUGUCGCAAACGGUGCCUUCCCAGUUGAAUGGCAGCGUCCCUUUUGUGAUGGCGCCGACUCCCCGGCAUAGUCUGGACUACACUCAGGGAGUCCCUCUGAGCCCCAACGGGUCACUCCACAGUCCGAUGACAUACCCUCUAUACCAGCCGCCCAUGGCGCCCCUCGUGUCCCACAAUUCUCAAGAGGCACCGGCAUUGUCUUCCGUAGUCGGUUCCGGGAUUGCAGAAGUGUCUGAAAUUUCAACCGCAGUCAAGACGACAGGAGCUCGGUCAUGUUGCGCCGCACCUCCAGGGAAAAUAAAAGAUACUCCUCCCGACAGUGCGGCUUCCAGUCCUAGAAUUGCCCCUAAGCCUCAAGCAGGCGGGUGCUGCUCAUCCAAGAACGUGCAGUCACCCGCAGAGCCGAACACGACGCCUGGGAACGGAGUUCCCGCAGGCAAUGGAGCCGCCAUGACCCCGUUCCAAAGUCCAAUGAAUAUUGGCCAGCCGAUGUAUGCCUCAUACUUCCCGCAACCCACCCUCUUCACCUACCCGCCUCAGUACGGGUCGUACUUGGCACCGCUUCAACCUGCACAGUGGAGGAAGGCGAUGGAAGCCCUUCAACUCGGCCAGCCCAUACAUCAACCAUCUUCUUAUGAAAUGACAACGCCACUGCCUUUCAACCCGAACGAGGGACCUGCUUCUCACCUGGCAAAUGCGGCGGCGGGUGUAUCCCAUAUCUGCUCAUGCGGUGAUGGCUGCCAGUGUGUCGGCUGUGCCGCCCACCCGUACAACGAGGCCACCCAGAACUGCAUAAGGUCAGCUUGGCAGAGCAUGACCGUGGAGGACCCCUAUUUCCAUACGAACGGCGCUAUCAGCGAGAAGAACUCGCCUGCCGUACAGGAAAACAUGAACGGCUUGGCAAAUCUCAACUUAGACUUGACAUCAGACGCCCGCCUAACCGCAGACGCAGGCGGCUCGCCAUCAGCUCCGCAGACCCCGUCUGAUGCCGCCUCGGGUGUCAACGAGGAGCUGCCAGCGAACGACUUCUUCUUCGUCGAGUAUCCCUUCGAGUCUUGCUUGGGCGAAACGGCGUCUUGCCCUUGCGGGGACGAUUGUCAGUGUAUCGGCUGUGAGAUACACAACCACAACGGGGAGCCCAGUUGA